GUUCUAAAUUCAAGAGGUUCGUUCGAAACGACUGUCCUCCUUCUAUUUGAUCUGCCUAGGGGAGAAUAGUGCUUUUCAGGCCUGCCCGAACCUCAGCCUGGGCUUGUCUACGGUUUUACAGGUAUCGUAGAAACAACACAUUUUCUGCUGCUUAAAUUUCGAGAGUACUUAUCGAUCGUACGUGCCUUUCAAGCAGAAAUACAUUGAUAAGUGUGCGUUCGUGCGCCGUCCACGGGACCUGACCUUCGUUCUCAGAGGAUGGGUUAUAUAAUACGGAAUAAUGUUUACUGGAAGGCACCAAGGUACGUGUUUAAUAUGGGUGAACUCAGCCGUCUCUUACACAGGAACAGGCUUCAUUUCAAUUUCAACAGUACUGUGGUCCAGGCGGUUCUCGAUGCGAGGGUCGAGCAGCCACCCCGCGGCUCAAUGAACUGCCAUAACUUACUGACCCAUCAUGUGACAAAGCUCGAUUCAUUGCCGUGUGUCAUGCUCCACACCAGUAUAAGCUGUGCUUUCCGAGUCUCCACGCUCCUUAUAACCAUCUUUCCUUAUCUCCCCGAUACCAGCGAACAGGACCCCCUGCCUGCUUCAACUUUGAAUAGUCAUACACCCUGCCAACUCACUCUAUAUUCCAGGCGUCUUCUACGUCCCUCCGAGUUCUAUCCGGCAUCUCCUUUCACGCAGCUGGGUAUCGAGCGAGCUCUUCAUGUCCAUACCAUUACCAUAAACGAAGUGCCAAUCACCCCAUUUACCGGCUCGGCUCAAUUGCGGCAACCCUCAUCGCCUACCGCUCCCGGCUGUAUCACCCCCACUCCAGUCAAUCUUCUUCCGUUCCUCCAUGGCCAUCAAUUCCGCUUAGACGCUUCGGAGUUCUCAGACAAAAGGAGCAGAUGCACUACCUAGCCUCCCCAACGCCUCGAUCACCAAACCAGUUUCAAAAGGCAGGCACGGACUUCCAGAGGACCCGCUCACCACCCUGCCGGCUUGGCCACUCUUUUU